AGUUACUAGAGCCUUCUUAAGGCCCCCACAAGGACGGCUGUAGCUAGAAACCACCACCCUCACCAUGAGCCCCAGGCAGCCCCUGGUCCUGGUGCUCCUGGUGCUGGGCUACUGCUCUGCAGCUCCCAGACCACACAAGCCCACCCUCGUGGUCUUCCCCGGAGACUUGAGAGCUGAUCUCACUGAUAAGCAGCUGGCUGAGGAGUAUCUGUUUCGCUAUGGCUACACUCAUGUGGCCGAGAUAAACGACGACAAGCAGUCCCUAGGUCGGGCGCUGCGGCUUCUCCAGAGGCGCCUGUCUCUGCCUGAGACUGGGGAGCUGGACAAAACCACCCUGGAGGCCAUGCGGGCCCCGCGCUGCGGCGUCCCAGACCUGGGCAGAUUCCAGACCUUUGAGGGCGACCUCAAGUGGCACCACCACGACAUCACUUACUGGAUCCAAAACUACUCGGAAGACUUGCCGCGCGACGUGAUCGACGACGCCUUUGCCCGCGCCUUCGCGCUCUGGAGCGCGGUGACGCCGCUCACCUUCACUCGCGUGUACGGCCCUGAAGCCGACAUCGUCAUUCAGUUUGGUGUUAGGGAGCACGGAGAUGGGUAUCCCUUCGAUGGGAAGGACGGGCUCCUGGCACACGCCUUUCCUCCGGGCCAGGGCAUUCAGGGAGACGCCCACUUCGACGACGAAGAGUUGUGGUCUCUGGGCAAGGGCGUCGUGGUUCCGACCUACUUCGGAAACUCAGAGGGCGCCCCCUGCCAUUUCCCCUUCACCUUCGAGGGCCGCUCCUACUCCGCCUGCACCACGGACGGCCGCUCCGACGACGUGGCCUGGUGCAGCACCACGGCCGACUACGACGCCGACCGCCGGUUCGGCUUCUGCCCCAGCGAGAGACUCUACACCCAGGACGGCAAUGGGGACGGCAAGCCCUGCGUGUUUCCAUUCACCUUCGAGGGCAAAUCUUACUCCACCUGCACCACCGACGGUCGCUCGGACGGCUACCGCUGGUGCGCCACCACGGCCAACUACGACCAGGACAAACUCUUUGGCUUCUGCCCGACCCGAGUCGACUCCACGGCGACCGGGGGCAACUCCGCAGGGGAGCCAUGUGUCUUCCCCUUCAUCUUCCUGGGCAAGGAGUACUCGUCAUGCACCAGGGAGGGCCGCGGAGAUGGGAACCUCUGGUGCGCCACCACCUCGAACUUUGACAGAGACAAGAAGUGGGGCUUCUGCCCGGACCAAGGUUACAGCCUGUUCCUUGUGGCCGCCCAUGAGUUCGGCCACGCACUGGGUUUAGAUCACUCAUCGGUGCCGGAAGCACUCAUGUACCCCAUGUACAGCUUCACCGAGGGGCCCCCCCUGCAUGAGGAUGAUGUGAAGGGCAUCCAGCAUCUGUACGGUCCUCGCCCUGACCCUGAACCACGGCCUCCAACCGCCCAGCCCACCGCUCCACCACCCGGCUGCCCUACGGGGCCUCCCACUACCCGCCCCUCAGAGCGCCCCACUGCUGGCCCCACAGGCCCCCCUGCAGCUGGCCCCACGGGUCCCCCCACUGCUGGCCCUUCUGAGGCCACUACAGUGUCUUUCAACCCAGCAGAGGAUAUAUGCAAAGUGAACUUCUUCAACGCCAUCGCGGAGAUCGGGAACCGUCUGCAUCUCUUCAAGGAUGGGAAGUACUGGCGAUUCUCUGAGGGCAAGGGGCGCCGGAUGCAGGGUCCCUUCCUUAUCACUGACUCGUGGCCGGCGCUGCCCCACAAGCUGGACUCCGCCUUUGAGGACCCGCUCACCAAGAAGAUUUUCUUCUUCUCUGGGCGCCAAGUGUGGGUGUACACAGGCGCGUCGGUGCUAGGCCCGAGGCGUCUGGACAAGCUGGGCCUGGGACCGGAGGUGGCCCAAGUCACUGGGGCCCUCCCGCAAGGCGGGGGUAAGGUGCUGCUGUUCAGCUGGCAGCGUUUCUGGAGGUUCGACGUGAAGACGCAGACCGUUGAUCCUAAGACCCCCAGCUCCGUGGAGCAGCUGUUCCCCGGGGUGCCCCUGAACUCGCACAACGUCUUCCAGUACCAAGGGAAAGCCUACUUCUGCCAGGACUGUUUCUACUGGCGUGUGAAUUCUCGGAAUGAGGUGAACCAGGUGGAUGAAGUGGGCUACGUGACCUUUGACUUCCUGCAGUGCCCCAAGGAUUAGGGCUUCCCAUCCCGCUUCGGCACUGCAGAGUGGAUCCUAGGGGGACCAUCCCAAUGGAGAAGGAGCCAGUUUGCCGGAUACAAACUGGUGGGUUUGUUCUGGAGGAUAAGGAAGAGUUGAGGUGGGCUGGGCCCCUCUCUUUCCACCUUCCUUUUUUGCUGGAAUGUUUUUAAUAAACUUGAAUUCUUUAACCUUGA